AUGAAGACAGCUCUCCUCCGCCUGUCACGGGCGCAAUGCCUACGCGGCUCGCGUCCGGCGCGCCAUCUCCAAUUCAACCCAACGGCUGGCUACCGGUCUUUCGCAUCGUCACCGGCUGCCGCUUCGGGCCUGGGAGAGUUCUUGUCAGUGUCGGAGGAGGUUACGGAUGCCGUGGCCACAAACAAGCCCGUGGUAGCUCUUGAGUCCACCAUCUACACACACGGCAUGUUGGGAAACGACCUUGCCAAGGAGCACCUCGAAUUGGUGCGCAGACAUGGUGGGAUCCCUGCAAUAAUCGCCAUCGUCGACGGAUGCCCCAAAGUUGGCGUUUCGUAUGAAGAGAUUCUGCGCAUGAUUGAGGAUAAGGGCACGGUCAAGGCUUCCCGAAGAGACAUCGCGUACCUUGUGGGCAUGGGUAUGACUGGGCGCAAAAUUCAUGGCGGUACCACAAUCGCUGGAACCAUGCUCCUGGCCAAGGCCGCCGGGAUCCGCGUCUUCGGUACUGGUGGUCUCGGCGGUGUUCACCGCGGCGGCGAAAACUCCAUGGAUGUCUCUGCUGACCUUACGGAGCUGGGACGCACGCGAGUUGCCGUUAUUGGCUCUGGGUGCAAGGGCUUCCUUGAUAUCCCACGCACUCUCGAGUACCUCGAGACGCAGGGCUGCUUGGUGUCGACCUUUGCGGACGGCCGACAGGGCAGCGUUGACUUCCCUGCUUUUUGGGCCCGAGAGAGCGGAAUCAAGAGCCCCUCCACUGUGUACACGGAGAAGGAAGCCGCUGCCAUGAUCUACUCCCAGGAAAAGUUGGGCAUCGAGUCAGGCAUGUUCUUUGCCAACCCCAUUUCUGAGGAGCACGGCAUUCCAGCCCCGGAGAUGCAGGUUGUCAUUGAACAGGCCGUCAGAGAAGCCAACGAAAAGGGAUUUACUGGCAAAAACAAUACACCGUACAUACUUGGACGCCUCAGGGAGCUCACUUCUGAAAAAACAGUUGUCGCCAACAAAGCUCUUGUGCAUUCCAAUAUCGUCCGGGCCACCAAGGUUUCCGUCGAGCUGUCGCACUUAUUGUCGUCUAGCUCAAACCAAAUUGGCAGCUCACCGCUCUCGCACCAGUCUGCCUUUGUCAGUACACCUCCCUUGAAGGCAAAAGACGAACCAGCACCUGUCACGGCGCCUACGACAAACAUUAUGAUUGCCGGGUCUGUUGCAGUUGACCUAAGUUGUGAUUAUUCCGUUCCUACAUCUGGGACUACCUCACCUCAGCCGCAUGUGUCGAACCCAUCCCGUAUUAGCCAGUCUAUCGGAGGUGUUGGACGCAACGUUGCUGUAGCCGCGCACCUGGCAAGUGGAGGCUCUGGCGUCCAAUUCUGCAGCAUGAUUGGUGAUGACAUAGCCGGCCAAACAGUUCUGACCUCACUGGAAGCAGCGGGCUUGAAUACUUCAUCAAUCAUGAAGUUAGAUCGCCAGAAAUAUCCCGACGGGCGCACUGCGCAGUACGUCGCGGUCAAUGAUUCAAACAAGGAUCUAGUGCUGGCAAUGGCAGAUAUGAACAUUUUCUCUAAAAAUUCGUUUUCGAACCAUUGGCGCUCUGCUGUCGCCACCUCCAAGCCAAAGUGGCUUGUUGUCGAUGGCAACUGGUCCCCUACAGAGAUUCGAAACUGGAUCAGAGCCGGCGAAGAAAAUGGCGCCAAAGUUGCCUUUGAGCCGGUCUCUGCCGAAAAGUCCAAGGGUCUUUUUUGCCGUGAACAAGGCCUUCCAAGACUCAACCUAUAUCCCGAACCUAGCAUUAGCCUGGCAUCCCCCAACACCUAUGAGCUCGCUGCAAUGUACACCGCAGCCAAAGAAAACGGAUACUUUGAUCCCAUGGACUGGUUUGAAGUUAUUGACGCCUUUGGAAUGAGAGGCGCACGCGAUCGCUUCGUCCACCUUACGUCUAUGGAGCUCACUGACGCCGGCGUUCCUAUCCAAACGAUACAGCUGCUCCCGUAUAUUCCCACGAUUCUGACGAAGCUUGGAUCGAAGGGUGUCCUGAUGACAGCAAUACUCGGGAAAGAUGAUCCCCGCCUGCGAGACAGAGAUGAAGAAGCAUUCAUCUUGACCCGCUCGUCACCGACACAUCCGGUAGUAGGGGGAGUGUACAUGCGCUUAUUCCCUCCGGUGGAGACUGUGAGAGACAUUGUAUCUGUGAAUGGGGUUGGAGAUACAUUCCUCGGAGUCCUGAUCUCCGGUCUGGCACAAGGCGGCCGUAUUGACAAGCUGGUGGAUGUUGCCCAGCGUGGUGCCGUCCUGACGUUGAAGAGUACGGAAUCUGUAAGCCCGCAAUUGGGUAAUCUGGCGGAAGAAUUAAAGAAUGCAUCAAAACGAUGA